GGGCCCGGAGCAUCAAGCCCGGUUUUCUCUCCCGUUCAGGUUCCGGCCCUUCGUGCCCCACAUCCCCUUCGAUUUCUAUGUCUGUGAGAUGGCUUUUCCCCGUGUCAAACCCGCGGCUGAUGAGACGGCGUUCAGCGAGGCUCUGCUCAAGAGGAACCAGGACCUGGCUCCCACCGCUGCCGAGCAGGCUUCCAUCCUGUCCCUGGUGACAAAGAUCAAUAAUGUCAUCGAUAAUUUGAUUGUGGCGCCGGGGACGUUUGAAGUGCAAAUCGAGGAGGUUCGCCAGGUGGGCUCCUACAAGAAGGGCACCAUGACGACGGGGCACAACGUGGCGGAUCUGGUGGUGAUCCUSAAGAUUCUGCCCACCCUGGAAGCCGUGGCAGCCUUGGGGAACAAGGUGGUGGAGAGYCUGCGGGCGCAGGACCCCGGUGAAGUGCUGACCAUGCUGACCAACGAGACCGGCUUCGAGAUCAGCUCUGCCGACGCCACGGUGAAGAUCCUCAUCACCACGGUGCCGCCCAACCUACGCAAGCUGGACCCGGAGCUGCACCUGGACAUCAAGGUGCUGCAGAGCGCYCUGGCCGCCAUCCGGCACGCGCGCUGGUUCGAGGAGAACGCCUCGCAGUCCACGGUCAAGGUUCUCAUCCGCCUGCUCAAGGAUCUGAGGAUUCGCUUUCCCGGCUUCGAGCCGCUCACGCCGUGGAUCCUGGACCUGCUGGGGCACUACGCUGUGAUGAACAACCCCACCCGGCAGCCGCUGGCUCUCAACAUCGCCUACAGGCGCUGUCUCCAGAUCCUGGCGGCCGGGCUCUUCCUGCCCGGCUCGGUCGGCAUCACGGACCCUUGCGAGAGCGGCAACUUCCGCGUGCACACGGUGAUGACGCUGGAGCAGCAGGACAUGGUGUGUUACACCGCCCAGACCCUCGUGCGUAUUCUCUCCCAUGGAGGUUACCGGAAAAUUCUGGGCCAGGAGGGUGACGCCAGCUACCUGGCGUCCGAGAUGUCCACGUGGGACGGGGUGAUCGUGACACCCUCGGAGAAGGCGUACGAGAAACCCCCGGAGAAGAAGGAAGGGGAGGAGGAGGAGGAGAACCAGGAGGAGCCGGCGGCGGGCGAGGAGGAGGAGAGCAUGGAGACACAGGAAUGAGAGAGAGCCCAGUGCCACCCACAGCAGCUGAGGGGACACCAGAGGGUCCCUCUGUUCCCUGCCAUGUCCCCGUGCCGUGUCCCCCGUUUUUCUAAGUUGCACAUUAAAGUGUCCCCCCUUUCCAGCGUGUCC